AUGAUUGCCGCCAUGCAACGCAUCGCUGCGACUAUAAUUCCAGAUCUCAUCCCAAAGACCUAUCAAAUCGGCAAGGCAGUAAACGCGCAAGGGCGAAUGUUCCACUUCUCAGUAGUUGAACUUGUGGAGGGUGAUCUCUUGGAAGAUGUCUGGCAGCUGAUGAGCGCCGGUGAGCAAAACAGUGUUGUAGCUGACCUUGUUGAAGCGCUCGAAAAGCUACACUCUGUUCGGCUAUGUGAUAAUAUGGCCCAGGACGUUCUACGCAAGAUGCUUCGUGAAGAUGGCGAGGAGCUUCGGCCUUUUUUUGGAAACGCCUGGCGUCUUUGGUGGACCUCAUACAGGAGUUUUAAACAGCGGGCAUGGAUUGCUAUACUCUAUCAUGGAAAAGAGAAAGCUAAAGAAGUCAUCAUUCUGUACUAUGGACCCCGUGAAUUAUUCACAAGAUGUCAGGAUCCAGUCUAG